CUUCUGAAGAUGCCGUUUAUUUCUUCUUUUUCCUUUUUUUCCCCCUCUCAGUGGCCAAAUUUUCAAACAUCAAAUGAUGGAAAACAAAGGAAGAAGAACUUGAAUCACAGAUCACACAGGAAGAAUAAUAAAGGGUUUCUUUUGGAAAACUCUCUCCAUUACAAAAACUUAAAAAUUAAGAGAGCCCAGAAAAUGAACAAAGCUUGUCAUAAGUUAGUUUGCUACCCAGAAAUCCAAGCUUCUCUGAUAUGAAAAAGCAAGAACCAAUAAACCCACUACUACCUUACAAAUUAAACUGUUCAGAGCUUGAAUUUCAGUACUAAUCUCCUUUCCUUUCUUCUCAAUCACUAUCCCAUUCUUCCCGUCUCUCUGCGUCUCUUCCUUCAAUCAUGUCUGCUGUUGCGGAGAACUCAAUGGCAGAUGAAGAGAUAGGAUUUAGGAGACCCAGGAACCAGCCCAUUAUAGCUUCAGACCGAGACCCUAAAAUCCCUUCUAUCAUUCAAUCAAUUCGCUGUAAAUCCACCAUUUCUUUCUUCUUAUCCACUUUCACUAAUAACUCCAACAACAAUAACAAUGAUUCUGAUGAGUCGUCGAGAUUACAGCUCAGAAAGAAGAACUUUACAUCCAUAACAUUUAGAACAUUUAGAGGGUUAGGGUGUGCGACGUCUUCACAAGUAUCGGCUCCGAAGGUUAUUCGGUCUUCGGCAGAUUGGCAAGCUAAGAAGGUGAGGAAGAAAAAGCAGAGGAACCCGCACACGAAGAAGAACCUGCAGGGCUUGACGGCGUCCCCCACUUCCUUUGCUGUUGUUCCUGAUGUUUGGUGCUCUCCGGGGAUCUCUUUCGUCGCCGAUACUGACCCCAUAGAUUGCGUUAUAGCGAGGAGACCUGUGGCGGGAAGAGGGAGAGUCGAUGGGGAGAGGAUGAAUCACAGAGAGCGUUCAUAUAACACGAGACCUUCAAUUCUUGAACACAUCUCAGUGUUAGAUUCUCCAUCUGCCUUUGAGAUACUACAAUCAGGAGCUGAUAUAUAUGGAGAUAGGCAUUACCGUCAUUUCCGUCAUCAUUCUCCAGGAGGGCUUGCAGAGAUUGUGAUGUUCCAAGGUAGCCUGCUGCUGGGAGGAGGAUCAGAUCAACUUGACCAAUAUAGAGAUUGGCGGCUCGAUAUUGAUAAUAUGUCAUACGAGGAGUUGCUUGAGCUGGGUGAUAGAAUUGGUUAUGUAAGCAAUGGAUUGAAAGAAGAUGAGAUACUCCGCUGCCUUAGAAAAAGUAAAAACAUGAUUAUGGAUGAUCUGCCAUCGACUCUUCUAUCCGAACCUGAAUGGAAAUGUAGUGUCUGUCAAGAGGAAUAUGAAGCAGAUGAUGCCGAGGUAGGGAAGCUGGAUUGUGGCCACAGCUUUCACAUAUGUUGCAUUAAGAAGUGGCUUGUGCGUAAGAAUGCUUGUCCUGUCUGCAAGGCUAUUGCAGCAGUUCAACAGUAAAAAUGUGGAAUGACUGGCUUCUCGUUUUAUUUCACGGACCUCAAAUGUUUUGGAUCAGCUUUUCUUUCUCAUCUAUUGCUCUGUGUAUAGAUUGAACAACUCCAAAAUGAGCAACUGUUUACACCUCCCAAUUGUAAAUAUUUUUGUGGGAGCCAAGCUCUUGGAUCAGCGUUCGCUCGCCAUUGUUAACAUGUAGUGGUUGGGGGGGGAUUAAUAAUGCUUUAUUUAUGUAGACCUCCACUAUCUUCUAAACAUGUGUUUGGCCC